ACUUCAACAGCAACACGUGGUUGGGAAAAAUGGGGACUGCUCCACCGUCCUCUUCAGCCUCCCCUCUAUUUAAACUCCUCAGAUUCACAAUUGUUUCUUCAUCACCAACAGAACAACAAACCCUCUUCUCUUUCGAUCUCCUUCUCUUUCUUUUUUAUAUAGUUAAAGAGAACAUCACAAAAAGGCCCCUGACCCAUUCAAUAAUCUCAAGAAAACAAGCGAAGGAAAAGGGAGUUAUCUUCAACAUAAAUCACAAAUGGGGUUGACAUUGUCUUGCCCAAGUUGUGGUUUUGAUUCAUUGGAUGAGAGCCUUGAUGCUCUAUUGAAAUCUCUUAGCUUUGGCAAUGGCUACAUCAAGUCCUCACUUAGAUCCCUCAGUUUCAAUGGCAGAGAGUCAAAGCUCAAAGCUUGGGGCUCUGGCAAGCUCCUUAUCAAGAGAUCUCUGAGCUUCAAUAAGAGAGACAGCGAAAAGGAAACAUCUCAGAUUGAUGAAAGAAUGAACAAACCAAGCCCAGCAAAGAUUAGUAGAUUUGCUCGUUCGCCUGAAAAGGUUAGUGAGCCGAGGAGCCCGAAGCAUGAAGCUGCUCUGAAAUUGCAGAAGGUUUAUAAGAGUUUCCGGACGAGGAGACAGCUCGCAGAUUGUGCUGUUCUUGUUGAGCAAAGAUGGUGGAAGUUGCUAGAUUUUGCUAUGCUGAAGAGGAGUUCAGUGUCUUUCUUUGACGUUGAGAAGCCUGAAUCUGCUUUGUCGAAAUGGGCCAGGGCGAAAUCUCGAGCUGCUAAGGUAGGACAAGGCCUAUCAAAGGAUAAAAAGGCUCGAAAACUAGCUUUGCAACAUUGGCUCGAGGCAAUUGACCCUCGUCAUCGUUAUGGUCACAAUCUACACUUUUAUUAUGACCGUUGGUUGCGUUGUGAGAGCAAACAACCCUUCUUCUAUUGGCUCGAUGUUGGAGAAGGAAGAGAAGUUAGCCUUGAUGAUAAAUGCCCCAGAGCAAAGCUUCAACAGCAGUGUAUCAAGUAUUUAGGACCAAAAGAAAGAGAGGUCUAUGAAGUCAUAGUUGAAGAUGGGAAAUUAUUGUACAAGAAAAGUGGGGAGGUUCUUGACACAACUGAGACAUCUUCAAACUCAAAGUGGAUCUUUGUUCUUAGCACAUCGAAGAACUUAUAUGUUGGCCAGAAGAAGAAAGGCACAUUUCAGCACUCAAGUUUUCUUGCUGGAGGAGCUACAUCAGCUGCUGGAAGAUUAGAAGCACAAAAUGGGAUUCUUAAGGCUAUAUGGCCACACAGUGGGCAUUAUCGUCCAACUGAAGAGAACUUCCAAGAAUUAGUCGCCUAUCUUCAGUCAAAGAACGUCGAUCUUGCUGAUGUUAAGACAAGUCCGGUUGAAGGAGAAGAAGAUACCUAUGGCUCGCUAAGACCAUCCCGCUCUGAACUUGACUUAAGAACAAACCCUGAGCAAAGUGAGCCAACAAUUAACACGCUACAGCUCUCCGACUCAUUCAAUAAAUCCAAAUCCCAAGAGGAAGAAAGAGAUCAAGAUAACAAAAUACCAAGUGAUGACUCAGAGGAGAGCGAAGGAGAGGAGGAGGAAACAAAGAACGAGACAACGGAGGUUUCGGAUGAUUCAGAAGAUUCACAGGUCGCAAGCCAACUCAGUCUUCGAAGAAAAUUCAGGAAUCCAACAUUAUCAGUUCAGUUAGGAAAACAACUUUCUUAUAAAUGGAGUACAGGAGCUGGACCUAGGAUUGGAUGUGUGAGGGAUUCACCCUCAGAGCUUCGUUUUCGAGCAUUGGAGCAAGUGAAUUUGUCUCCUAGAAGCGAGGCGGUGGCUCAAUUGAAUUUAGGGAGCCCAAUUUCGGGGGCAAGUGCACAUAGUAGUUGCCUUAAACAACUAGUUGUGUAGAAGUAGACGUUCUUUGUAUGUACAGGUUAAGGAUGAGGAGGAUUCAUUCAUUCAAUUUUUUGUAGAUGUUGUAGAGAGAUACAUAACACAAAUUGUAACGUUUUUUGUUGGGUUGAUAGAGAUUAAUAUACACUUGUUCUUUUAGAA